GUCGUAACGUCCCAUCCCCUCUCCUCGCCGCCUCCAUCGGUCGUUCUUCUGCAAUUGAUCCGCAAUUGCUAUCUCGCCAUGGCUCUCUCCUUUACUUCCGGCUCUUUGCUGCGUGCCUGCGCCCGCAAGCAGCUGUCCACAACGUCCCGCGCCGUCGUCGCCUCCCAGCAACGGUACAGCUCGAGCUUCGACAGCCCAUUUACCGCCAAAGACACCCUGAAGGUCCCUGAUUUCAGCAAGUACUCUUCUAAGAAGGCUCCUCGCUCUAACCAGGUCUUUUCCUACUUCGUCGCCGGUACUAUGGGUUUGGCUUCUGCCGUUGGGGCCAAGGCUACUGUUCAGGACUUCCUUGUCAAUAUGUCCGCCUCCGCCGACGUCCUCGCUCAGGCCAAGGUUGAAAUCGGUCUCGCUACAAUUCCUGAGGGCAAGAACGUUAUCAUCAAGUGGCGUGGCAAGCCCGUGUUCAUCCGUCACCGUACCCAGGAUGAGAUUAAGGAGGCUCAAGAGUACGACUGGAAGACCCUCCGUGACCCCCAGCCCGAUGAGGAGCGUGUGCAGAAGGCCGAGUGGCUCGUUAUGCUUGGUGUCUGCACCCACCUUGGUUGUGUGCCCAUCGGUGAGUCCGGUGACUUCGGCGGCUGGUUCUGCCCCUGCCAUGGUUCGCACUACGAUAUCUCCGGCCGUAUUAGGAAGGGACCCGCCCCUCUGAACCUGGAGGUUCCCCAGUACAACUUCCCCGACGAGGAGACCCUUAUCAUUGGUUAAGCGGUUGUAAAUUUGUUGUCGGUGGUUGAGUGAUGAAACCUUUGAGAGAGUAUAAGGUUUGUGUUUAGAUGAAUAUCCCUGUUAUGUUAAGAUUAGAGGGACUGUGUUUCUAUAUUGACCCACAAAAAUGAGCCGCUUGUUCUAUUAUUCUCAACUCUGCUCCGCGUUUAGAGCUUGUACACUCACCGCUCAUGGGGUCUCCUGUUGCAGUAUAGACUCUGAUUCUCCCUUUCCGCUUUGCGCUGUGGGAGAGAAGGAACUGGUCCCGAGGCGAGGGGCGAUGGACAAAUGUCGCUGAAGAUUUUGGGUCAUGUAUUCUAGUCUACCUUUUCUUUUGUUCAAUUGAGCUUGCAAUGUUUUC